AUGGCCAAAUCGUCAUUCACUAUCCAGAAUCAACAAGAUCACUUACGCUAUUUGGAUAUGUUAAAAGAAGAAUUUACAAAAAAGUUUCAGGAAAGAUCUCCGUGCAUGAACUCUGUUGACGAUUACGAUAUUAUCAAAGCGAUUGGGAACGGAGCAUAUGGAGAAGUGUUUUUAGUAAGGAAUAAAAGUACAUUUACUUACCAUGCCAUGAAAGUGGUUGCAAAAGAAGUUGUUGUAGAAAGGAAACAUGUAAAACAUUUAAUACUUGAAAAGAAAAUUCUUGACUGUGUACAAUUUCCGUUUACAUUGACCAUGGAUGUUGCUUUUAAAGAUAAUGUUUAUUUAUAUUUCAUAUUACCUUUUGUGGCUGGUGGUGAAAUGUUUAAUUACAUACAGAAAUAUGGAAAUUUUUCGGAUGAAUUAUCAAAAUUUUACGCUGGUCAAAUAGUAUUAGCAAUAGAAUACAUACACCACUGUGAAGUUAUUCAUAGAGACAUUAAACCUGAAAAUAUAUUAAUUGACGUAACUGGAUACAUAAAACUAUGCGAUUUUGGGUUUAGUAAAAAAAUUAAGAAGAAAACUUGGACAUUGUGUGGAACACCUGAAUAUUUAGCACCAGAAAUUAUUAUGUCUAGAGGUUACAACUACGCAGUUGACUGGUGGGCUGUGGGUGUAUUAAUAUAUGAAAUGGAGGCUGGAACUCCACCUUUUUACGCAGGCGAACCAGCAAAACUUUAUGACAAUAUAAUCGAAGGACGGUACAAAUUUCCUGAAAAUAUGAAUGGUGAAUGUAGGAAUUUGGUCAAAGGUUUCCUCCAGGUAGAUCCAUCGAAGCGUAUUGGUUCUCUUAUAGGGGGCGUGUAUGAUAUUAAAAGCCAUUCUUGGUUCAAAGAAAUAGACUGGCACGCCUUACUUCAUCAAAGAUUAGAACCCCCGUUUAUGCCCGUAUGCAACUCUUCUGGAGACACUAGCAAUUUUCCCGAGAUAUCUCAACCUAUGCUUCAACGGUGUUCAAAGUGUCUCUAUGAGGCAGAGUUCGAGGAUUUUUAA